AUGAGUUCGAAGUGGACUUUGAUAGUGUUGUUCGCACUGGCGAGCCGAGCUGCUGCCGCCUCCACGGCGGAUCCUUACCACCCUGACCAACGGUCCGCCCAGCCUCAGGCUGCUGUAGCAAAUGCUGAAACCUCUGGAAACUUUUGGAUAGACGAUGCUCAAAAAGAAAUUGAGACUCGUCAUUAUCGAGGAAAUGCUGGCGGACCUGGUAAAGCACGUAAUGUGAUCCUGUUUUUAGGCGACGGUAUGUCCAUUCCUACAUUGGCUGCGGCUCGUACACUGUUUGGACAGAGAAAUAACCAAACCGGAGAAGAAGCACAACUUUCCUUCGAAGCAUUUCCAACUACUGGCUUGGCAAAGACUUACUGUGUCAAUGCUCAAGUUGCUGAUUCAGCGUGUACAGCAACGGCGUAUUUGUGUGGAGUUAAAGCGAACGGAGGAACUAUCGGAGUGUCUGCUGCAGUGCCUCGCUGGGAUUGCCAGGCGUCCAUUCCGACGUCAACACAUGCAGAUUCAAUUGCAGCUUGGGCUCUCGCUGAUGGACGUGAUGCUGGUAUUGUGACAACAACACGAAUCACUCAUGCCUCUCCUGCCGGUGCUUACGCCACCGUAGCGAAUCGUCAUUGGGAAAAUGACGCUGAAGUUCGUAACGACGGACACGACCCGAAUAUUUGUCCUGAUAUCGCUCAUCAGUUAGUUCAUUCCCAUCCUGGCAAUCAAUUCAAGGUAAUUUUAGGAGGCGGGCGACGUGAAUUUUUACCUACGACUAGUGUCGACGAAGAAGGAACUCCCGGCAGGAGAACUGACGGUAAAAAUUUAAUUCAAGAGUGGCAGAAUGAUAAGGCAGCUCGCAACGCUAGCUACCAGUAUAUAUGGAAUAAAGCUCAGCUGCUCAGAGUCAAUGAAAAUUUACCAGAAUACCUUCUAGGAUUAUUUGAAGGAAAUCACCUUCAAUAUCACAUGCAAUCUAAUCUCAAUGAAGAGCCGACUCUGGCCGAACUCACAGAAACAGCGAUUAAAAUGCUAAGUCGUAAUGAGAAGGGUUUCUUUUUAUUCGUCGAAGGUGGUCGCAUUGACCACGCUCACCAUGAUAAUUUGGCGGAGCUUGCGUUGGACGAGACUUUGGAAUUGAGUGCUGCGGUGAAGCGAGCUACUGAACUCCUAUCAGAAGAAGACUCUCUUCUUGUUGUUACGGCUGACCACGCACACGUAAUGUCUUUAAAUGGUUAUACUCCAAGAGGUGGAGAUAUUCUAGGUCCUGCCGGUAACAGAGACUCAAACAGUGUACCUUAUAUGACUCUCUCUUACACUAAUGGGCCCGGUUUUCGUCAACACGUAAGCGGUCAAAGAGUCGACGUCACUCAAGAACCCAACUAUCGGCAAUUGAAUUGGAGGAGCCACGUGGACGUACCACUGGGGUCGGAAACGCACGGCGGCGAUGACGUAGCAGUAUUCGCCACCGGGCCGCACCACGCUAUGUUCUCGGGGUUGUAUGAACAGAGCCACUUGCCUCACCGCAUGGCCUACGCGGCGUGUUUUGGGCCCGGCCGCACGGCUUGCAAUGCCGCUGUCGUACAUCAGCCUAUUAUGUUCGCCUUAGCCCCUAUUGUACUCAUUAUAAGACGCUUAAUGGCGUUAUAAGCUUCUUGCGAUUAAAUUACGCGUCCAAAGAUAUUAUAAUGAUCUCCUUCAUGAAUAUUAUGGUGAAAUUUGUAUUUGUCGUUUAACUUUUUUAUACGGUUUUAAAUACCAGUAUUGUAGGAAUUAAAAAUAAAUUAUAUGUA